AUGGUACACAAAGAGGUUCCCAGAAGUAGUCCUCUGAAAAGUCUCGAUCCCUUUAUUGAUGCACAUGGCCUACUAAGAGUCGGAGGUCGUCUUAACUAUUCAAGCCUUGCUCAGAAAAGUACCACGAACAAGUUCACCAUCAAGGGCGACUCUUUACGGAAGGGGCUGUCCAUUCAGCUGGAAGACUCAGAGCUCCAGCAAGCUGUCAAAAAAUGGCCAGCCUUCCGGCAGAUCGUCUUUCAACAGACCCUCCCUUCACAAAUGUUGGCCUUGAUGUGUUUGGUCCUUGGAGUGUUUCUGCACGCCGGACUAGAGGAGGCCUCUCACACAGCAAAAGGGCCAGUCAAAAGUAUUCGAUCAGACAGAGGCACUAACUUCGUGGGUGCUUGUCAGGCCUUGAAGAUACCUUCUAACAUCGACCACAAUGGUGUCAAGUCUUACCUGUCAGCCCAAGGAUGCUCUUGGACAUUCAACCCUCCAUAUGCCUCCCACUUUGGUGGAACGUGGGAAAGGAUGAUUGGUCUGGCUAGAAGGAUUCUUGACUCCAUGUUCCUCCAGCUCAAAGGGAAGCUUACCCAUGAAGUGUUGGUAACUUUCAUGGCAGAAGUAGCAGGCAUUAUUAAUGCCCGACCUCUUGUUCCUGUAACAACUGACCCCGACAACUCAUUCAUUCUUACGCCAGCUGCUCUUCUAACACAGAAGGUAAACUGUGUUCCUGCUCCUCCAGGAGAGUUUGGACCCUCUGACCUCUACAAGCAUCAGUGGAGACAAGUCCAGCACCUGUCCAACACCUUCUGGGACAGGUGGCGCAAGCAGUUCCUUCCAACAUUGCAAUCACGUAGGAAGUGGCAGUCAUCUAACCCAAACAUUAAGCCAGGGGAUGUUGUUCUCCUCAAGGACAGCCAAGUACAAAGAAAUAAGUGGCCACUUGGUCUGAUAAUACAGACCUUCCAAAGCAAAGAUGGUAAAGUUCGCCAGGUCGAGGUCAAGGUCAUCAAGCCCGGCGGAGAAACAUUGUUUGUCAGACCCAUUACAGAAAUAGUACUUCUUCUGGCUCCAAAUGUCUAGGUGUUAAACUGUCAUUGGUAAAGUGUGGUGGCGUUAAUCACGCCAGGCGGGGAGUGUUCUGAUAUCAAAGGUUAUGUUAAGGAAGACUGUUUUCUUGUAUUAGGUAAAUGUUUAAAUAUGCAAUUGUAAUUCCCUGGUGCCACCUUAAAAACCUGCAGUUGGUAACAGGACAUGAUGUCAUCAGUAAAUAGGAAGUAAGUCUGUGAAUUAAGGAGAAGGCAUGUGCAGCAUGGUGACCUUAGCCAGAUAAAUCCAGUGGCAUCCACAUACAUCCUAUGUCUUUGGUAGCAUUGUGGUUUCACCUUUCCCUGUGUCAAUAAACCUGUGAACCGGGAAUCGUUUCGUCAGAGUCUUGAUGUGGGGAAGGAGUUUAGCUGACUGCCCAUCCCUAGCACAGGCAGUACAAUCACAGAACCAGGAUCACCAAACCCUCCCCUCUAAAAAACAGACAGCAAGUGACUUAAACAAGACGUCACAGCAAAAGAGUGUUUUGAUUUUUACAAGUCAAAAAAAAACAGUCUUUUGCUAGAAUUAGGAGCUGAGUGCAAUUACUCAUCUGACAGAGCUGCACAUUUGGUUAUUUUCCUGUAUUUUUAUUUUCCUUUUGUUGCGCUCUCACAGACGAUAUUAAUAAUGGUUGAGGCCAUCUGUCUCUGCGGCUAACUUCCUAUCCCUUACUCAGUACCGUGAGUGGGGAACUCUCCGGCAGUGUAGCAUGAUGGAAGUGGUUACACUUAUUAAACGAUCAAUAAGAUGUGAUUUCCAUAUAAAUAUGGAUGAUCAAUAUGAUUGGUCUUUGAAUAUUUUAUUUAAUAUCAACUUAGGUUCUUUGGAUUAUUCAGGGAAACACACAUUUCAUAUAAAUUCAGACAGAGUCAAGGAUAUAGUUUUUAAAAAUUAAUUUAAUUCAAUAUUUCUAAACUAAUAAUGGACACAGACCAAUUUAUGAUGAAUGAUGUGGGACUGAGUGAAAUGGUGGAAUGUAAGCUUAGAUGUUUUGUAGCAAAAGCUUAUUAAGUAUCUGAGAGAUCUUGUGAUGUCUGGGUUGUAAAAUCUGUUUGACUGUAUGGUUUAACAAGCUAUCAAUCGAUACCCGUGUUGGAAGGCAGCUCUUGGCAGUCCAGAGGAAAGGCAGCCUGAGUGGUAUUGUCAUCCGAUAGAGUGGCUCCUGGAAUCUCAAAAGUCGCAGCUCUCUUUGAAUUCAGAUAUCAACGGCCAUAAGAUGCUGCCAGCAUCUGCUAGUUAGACGUUGCAUUUCUGAGGAGCUGUAGCGUCGGAUACCACCUGCAAGUGUUGCAAAGAGGCUUUGGCUUUGAGUCAAAAGAGAGGACUGGCUAGUCCAGGAAGUGAAUUAGCUACUGUUUACAAAUGUAGAAAAAUCAGAAUCUGACAAGUUUACAGGCGUUACCGAAAUACCUCACGCAAUCCCUCCUUCACUCAGACACUAAGAAAGGUUGUUUAUUAAUGUGAAGUUAAAUCGUAUUAAACAUUACUGCGAAGUAAAUGUUAAACAUUAAUAAUAUCACUAUGAUGUGUGAAUAUACUGAUGGAUUAACAUUAAAUUAAUGAUUUACUAUUCUGGUGUAAUUUAAGAUCUGAAACAA